GUGGCGUGCGGCCGCCGCAGCGAGCGCCGGCGGGAGCGGGCUCGGCUCGGCGCUGCGCGGCUCGGCUCCUCGCUUGCCGCUCCGCUACGGCUCGCCUCAGCAUCCCGCUUCUGCUCCCGCGCCCGCUCGCCAUGCCCGGCCCUUCCGCGGCGCCGCCGGCACGGAGCGCCUGAGCGGACGGCGUUGGCGUGUGCGCGGGGGAGCGCGGCUCCGGUGCCCGCAGCCGGCCGGCCGCCGGCGGGGCAGCCCGGCGGGCGCUGCCCGAUGAGCGCGGCGGGCCCCUGAGGCGCGCGGCCGGCGGCCGUCGGGGCGCGGCGCGGAGCGGCGGCGCGGCCAUGGGCGCUCUCCCGGCGCUGCUCGGGGCCGCCUUGCUUUGGGCCGGCGCCGGGGCCCUCGUCAAUCUCAAGUACUCGGUGGAGGAGGAGCAGCGGGCCGGCACGGUGAUCGCCAACGUCGCCAAGGACGCCCGGGACGCCGGGUUCGUCCUGGACCCCCGGCAGCCCGCCGCAUUCCGAGUGGUCUCCAACUCGGCUCCCCACCUGGUGGACAUCAGCCCCGGGUCCGGGCUGCUGGUGACCAAGCAGAAGAUCGACAGGGACCUACUGUGCCGGCAGAGCCCCAAGUGUGUCAUCUCGCUGGAGGUGAUGUCCAGCUCCAUGGAGAUCUGCGUGAUCAAGCUGGAGAUCAAGGACCUGAACGACAACGCGCCCAGCUUCCCCACGGACCAGAUCGAGCUGGAGAUCUCGGAGACGGCCAGCCCCGGCACCCGGGUGCCCCUGGAGAGUGCCUAUGACCCGGACUCGGGCAGCUUUGGUGUGCAGAGCUAUGAGAUCACCCCCAAUGACCUCUUUGGGCUGGAGACCAAGACACGGGGUGACGGGUCCCGUUUUGCUGAGCUGGUGGUGGAGAAGAGCCUGGACCGUGAGACGCAGUCCCACUACAGCUACGUGAUCACGGCGCUGGACGGCGGCGACCCGCCCAACUUCGGCACGGUGGAGCUCAGCAUCCGCGUCAUCGACUCCAACGACAACAACCCGCUCUUUGAGGAGCCAGCCUACACCGUCAGCGUGCCUGAGAACGCCCCUCCGGGCACGCCGGUCAUCCGCCUCAACGCCUCUGACCCGGACGAGGGCACCAACGGCCAGGUCCUCUACUCCUUCCACAGCUACGUCUCCGAGCGGGCCCGGGAGCUGUUCCAGAUCGACCCCCAGAGCGGCCUCAUCACCGUCAGCGGAGCCAUCGACUACGAGGAGGGCCACGUCUACGAGCUGGACGUGCAGGCCAAGGACUUGGGGCCUAACUCCAUCCCUGCCCAUUGCAAAGUGACCAUCAGCGUCCAGGACGCCAAUGACAACCCGCCCCUCAUCAACCUGCUCUCUGUCAACAGCGAGCUGGUGGAGGUGAGCGAGAACGCCCCGCUGGGCUAUGUCAUCGCCCUGGUGCGCGUCUCGGACCGCGACUCCGGCGCCAACGGGCGCGUGCAGUGCAAGCUCCUGGGCAACGUGCCGUUCCGCCUGCAGGAGUACGAGAGCUUCUCCACCAUCCUGGUGGACGGGCGGCUGGACCGCGAGCAGAGGGACCAGUACAACCUCACCAUCCAGGCCAGGGAUAACGGCAUCCCUUCGCUGCAGGCCACCAAGUCCUUCACCGUCAAGAUCACCGACGAGAACGACAACCAUCCCCACUUCUCCAAGCCCUACUACCAGGUCAUUGUGCAGGAGAACAACACCCCAGGGGCCUACCUGCUCUCGGUGUCGGCCAGAGACCCUGACCUGGGCCUCAAUGGCAGCGUGUCCUACCAGAUCGUGCCCUCCCAAGUCAGGGACAUGCCUGUGUUCACCUAUGUCUCCAUCAACCCCAACUCUGGAGAUAUCUAUGCUUUGAGGUCCUUCAAUCACGAACAGACCAAGGCCUUUGAGUUCAAGGUCUUGGCAAAAGAUGGGGGUAGUCCCUCUCUGCAGAGCAAUGCCACUGUCAGGGUGAUUGUCCUGGAUGUCAACGACAACACGCCGGUGAUCACGGCCCCGCCCCUGGUCAACGGGACGGCGGAGGUGUACAUCCCCAGGAACGCGGGCGUUGGCUACCUGGUGACCGUGGUCAAGGCAGAUGACUAUGAUGAGGGUGAAAAUGGCAGACUUUCCUAUGAAAUGGUGGAAGGAGACAGAGGGUUUUUUGAGAUCGACCAGGUCAAUGGAGAGAUAAGGACCACCAGAGCCUUUGGGGAGAAUGCCAAAACAGCCUAUGAGCUCAUUGUGGUGGCUCAUGACCAUGGGAAAACGUCUCUCUCGGCUUCUGCCUUGAUUUUGAUUUACCUGUCUCCAGCCCUGGAUGCCCAGGAGUCCAUAGGAUCUGUUAACCUCUCCUUGAUUUUCAUUAUUGCCCUGGGGUCUAUUGCAGCCAUUCUUUUUGUCACCAUGAUCUUUGUGGCAGUCAAGUGCAAAAGGGAUAACAAGGAAAUCAGGACCUACAACUGCAGGAUUGCUGAGUACUCCUACGGGCACCAGAAGAAAUCCAGCAAGAAGAAGAAGAUCAGCAAGAACGACAUCCGCCUGGUGCCGCGGGACGUGGAGGAGACGGACAAAAUGAACGUUGUGAGCUGCUCCUCCCUCACCUCCUCCCUCAACUACUUCGACUACCACCAGCAAACACUGCCCCUGGGCUGCCGGCGCUCCGAGAGCACCUUCCUCAACGUGGAGAGCCAGAACAGCCGCAACGCCGGCUCCAAGCACAUCUACCAGCACAGCUUCACGGGCCAGAGCCCCCCGCAGCCCGACCUCAUCAUCAACGGCAUGCCGCUGCCCGAGACUGAAAACUACUCCUUUGAUUCCAACUACGUGAACAGCAGAGCUCAUUUAAUAAAAAGCAGCUCCACGUUCAAGGACUUGGAGGGGAACAGCCUGAAGGACAGUGGCCACGAGGAGAGUGACCAGACGGACAGCGAGCACGACGUGCAGCGGGGGCUGUACUGCGACACGGCCGUCAACGACGCGCUCAACACCAGCGUCCCCUCCGUGGGCUCCCAGGGCCCCGAGCAAGAGCAGAGCGAGGGUUUCCACUGCCGGGAGGAGUGCCGCAUCCUGGGCCACUCGGACCGCUGCUGGAUGCCGCGCGGCGCCGCGCCCAGCCGCGCCAAGUCCCCCGAGCGCGGCCGCAACGUCAUCGCCCUGUCCAUCGAGGCCUCGGCGGCGGACGCGGAGCCUUACGCAGACUGCGGCACAAAAAGGACCUUCGCCACCUUCGGCAAGGAGGGCGGCGAGCCCGCGGCCGAGGAGCGGCCCGCCAACGCCAAGGCCAAACGAACGGUGGACUCGGCCGCCUGCAGCCCCAAGGUGAGCGGCGCCGUGCGCGAGGCCGGCAACGGCUGCGAGGCCGUCAGCCCCGUCACCUCGCCCCUGCACCUCAAGAGCCCCUUGGCCAAGCCGGCCGUGCCCUACGGCGCCGGGCACUGCCGGGAGCGGGAGCCCUUCGGGACCGGCGGCCCCUCGCGGCCCAGCGAGGCCGAGCCCCGCGGCGCGGACAGCGAGGGCGGCGGCCACGAGGGCAACCCGCUGCUGCAGGAGCGCCGGGAGCGGGACAAGGACUCGCCCGGCGCCCGGAGACUGAAGGACAUCGUCCUCUGAGGAGACUGAGGGACACUGUCCUCUUUGGAGAGUGAGGGACACCGUCCCCUGAGGAGACUGAGGCCACCGUCCGCUGGGGAGGCUGAGGACACUGUCCUCUGAGGAGAGUGAAGGGCACUGUCCUCUGAGGAGAGUGAAGGGCACCGUCCUCUGAGGGGACUGAGGACACCAUCUUCUCCUCUGAGGGGACUGAGGACACCAUCUUCUCCUCUGAGGGGACUGAGGACACCGUCCUCUCCUCUGAGGAGACUGAGGGACACCGUCCUCUGGGCGGCACUCAGCACUCGGCAUGGGGCCGAGCACGAGGGACCGCACUGCUCCCGGCGCAGAUUGUUUUUCUCGCUUACCAAUGGUUCACAGAUCGCUGUAUUUAAAAGCUUUCCCUCGAUGUGUUGUUGAUAAAUGGAGCUGUCGUUGGUGUGACAAUCCCACGUGUCUGAGGGGCGGCAGGGGUGUUGUGAUUUUUGGGAGGCGGCGGGUGGCGGGAGCAGAGGCCAGACCCCCCUCAGUCCUCAGGAGCUCUCGGCAUCCCCUCCUCGGAGUUUAUAUAUUUUUAUAUCUCAAAAUGAAGAUAAAUUUCCAUUCCUUGAGAGAAUUGAGUGGCAAAUUCCUCACUGGGACAUCUUUAGUGACCACCCCGGCGGUUUUGUAGUCUGGACAAAGUAGCGGCUGUUUCUUGUGUGGGGCUGUCAGAGUGACAGUCGGGUGAGUUCCAGCUCUAAUUCAGCCAGCACGAGGUUUGUUUGUAUUUUAAGGUGUUGGUGUUUUGCUAUGGACACCCCUGCAUUUAUGAAUCCUUUUGCUGUCACAUACUUACCUGUACUAUUAUUGUAUUUGAUAUUGCAAAUUACUGUAUGUCUAGUGAUGGCAAAAGGCUUUCAGGCUUAAAAAAAAAAAAAAGAAUAAAAAAAAAUAA